GACAGUCGAGUCUUUCUCAUUCAUAAACGCAUCUUUCAGGAAUACCCAACAUCAACUACACGGACCGCUUGUGAUUAUCAACUAGUUGACGUUAUACCUAGGAAACAGGAUGAAGAUAUCUCCCAUUUUCACCGUUGCUUUCUGGUUGCUUUUAUGCCCUCCGAGAGCCCCAGGAGCCGGAGUGUUCCAGGGCGUCUUUCCUCAUCCAUAUAAGUACAACCCCAACGAAUCCGAACGAUCACCACAAACGCCAAAGCAUGGGUUUGUGGUCCGAGGAACGAACCCGGUGACGACUGCGGACGAGGUGCUCGAGUCCAGCCAAGAAGCCUUGCAUGUGACGGAGCGCCGCUAUCUUAAACUGGACUGGUGCAAGACGCAGCCGUUAAAGCAGACCAUCGAGGAAGAAGGAUGCCUCAGUCGCACCAUCAUUAACCGUUUCUGCUACGGACAGUGCAACUCUUUUUACAUUCCCCGCCACAUCUACAAGGAAGAGGGGGCCUUUCAGUCGUGCUCCACCUGUAAGCCUAAAAGCUUCACCACAGUGCCUUACGUUCUCAUCUGCCCGGGGCAGACGCCGAGCACGAGAAAGAAACUAGUCAAGCGCGUAAAACAGUGCCACUGUGCAUCCAUUGAUCUUGACUAAUUCCACACCGCUUUAAAUUGUGAUUUUCAUGGGAUCACUCGAGUAAGAGGAGAAAAUAUA